AUGGCCGAAGGCAAGCGACGGCGGUACACGCAGGGCCGAAGUCGGACGAUUGAACUUUCCACGCUUCCAGAGAUCGACGAAGACGCUCAUGUUCGCCAGGGUAAGCCUAAAAAUAAAGAUGGAAAACUGUAAGGAAAACGGUGGCACACUCUUUUUUUCCGAAGGAUGGAAGCUUUAAAAAAAUUAUUUUGUUAAUUCUGGCCAAGUUUUUCAAGCUACGCAUUGUUUUUUUUUAAUACUUUAAAACUUUGAUUUUUCUUUUUCUAAAUUUUGAAUAUCCGUUCAUCUAGUUAAUCCACAUCAGCUCAGUCAGGAUUUAAAGCAUAUAAAUUUUGCAAAAAAAAAAUCGAAGCGACCUUUUUCCGUUUUUUCAAAAAAACUUCCCGUCAAAGUCGACCUGUUUUUUUUUCUUUCAAAUUCAAUAAGCAAUUAAAAGAUGAUAGAUUAUAAUUUUACUGCAUCAAAAAACUAACCUGACUAAAUAUGUCAAUAUUAUCACAAAAUUUCCAAAACUCCAAUAGCAAUCAAAGCGUGAGAAAGGUGGAAAAAACUUUUUGAUCAAAAAAAAAAGUCUCAAGCUUUUCCCCCAUUGUCUCGGAGUUGUCGCUUUAGGGUUAGAAAUAGAUGCCGGAGACCGGUGUUCAAAUCGGUUUCGGACGUUUGAGAAAGAGCCAAAAAAAAAGGAAGAAAUAGGGGGAGGAGGUCAAAUUUGUUCGCAAGCGAUCUCGCCGUUUUUCAUUGUUUCUUCGCGCAAUGCAAUCCACACGACACGGCUCCCAACGACCAAUUUGAACCUUUUCUAUCUUGUCGCGACAUGUUUCAUGGUAGUAACUUCAUUUUGAAACACCAUUCCAUGUCACAGUCAAAGUUAGGUUGUUUGAGGGAACUUGAGGAAAACGCAGUGAAUAAGAUUGAAGAAGUCUGCUCGAAAUUCUCACUUGAAAUAUAUCUCGUUUUCGAGUUAAGACGCUUCAAAAAGCCAAAAUAAUGCUUUUUUGCGAUACUUUGCGUGUAUUACGAAUUUUGAAGCUUCAUAACUUGAAAAAAUAAAAGACGUUCCCCAGUCAGAGAAAGACAUCUGCAAAAAGUAAAAGUUUCUGGAACGUCAUAGUAUUUUCUUGGGACGGAUAGUUUUUUUCAAUUAAACUUCGCAGAAAAGAAGUUCAAAAAAAAAAGGGAACGGCCCGAGAAAAAGGCAGGAAAAAAGAUAAAAAAAAAAGAAGGUGACAGAUAAUAAAUAAGUGUUGGAUAGAUAGCAAGGGCAAACAUUGAUCUCAGUUCAGAAGUAGAACAAAAUAUAUUGGUAACAAAUCGAGUACCUUUUGUUUUUUUCAAGGGACUAAUUUUUUUGAACUAAUAGGGUAAUUUUUUUCCAGAAGAGUUCGAUUUUGCAAACUACUCUUUUUUUAUAAUCUUGAUUAUAAUUUUAUUUUUUUGGUCAUUUUUUUCAAAAAGAAGUUCGCAGAAAAAAAUUUUUUUAAAUUCGCUCUUCUGAAAAUUAAGCUCGCUCUUCUGGAAAUUCCAGUGAUUGCUAUCAUAACCCCACGAAUUCGGUGUUUUGUAACCUAUGACAUUUUUUUUUUUGGGGGUUCAGAAUUUUCUGGAAAUACUUGCAAAUAAUAUUUGAAGGUCUUAACAACUGAACUUCAAAUUUCAACAAUAUGAAUAUUCAACUUACAUUUUCGAAUCAUCCAACCUCAGAUAGCGGAUUGGAUCGACGUCGCGGACUCUCGCAGGACGACAGUUGCGUCGGCUCGGCAGCCUCUCGUUCCUUCCGAGGCAGCGUCAGGUCCAUCGUCCGACAUUUGAGCGAGAGGCAGCUGGCUCAGCGAGGCGAUUCUUUUUUGAAGUGUUCAUUAAUUACGUUCUAACUUUAGUAGCUCCACUAGCGACUUCAAACGAGCCUUCGGAGUCGCAGAAGGAAGCCUCUGCCGCUGAAGAAGACGUGACCAAGAAGAGGCAGUACACGAAAGAGCUUCAGGGCAAAAAGCCAGAGCGAAAAGAGGCAAGUUUUAUAUUUUUUCCUUAGUCAUGAUUUGAAACUCUCUGGUCGCAUGUUGAAUGACUCUAAGCGUUGCGCUCCAAGUAUUCCUUCAAAGCUUUUUCUUGGCGGUCUUUCAAUUUCAAGAAAAUGUCCAGUUAUUCGAGAGUCGUUAUGUUUUGCUUCGAACUCGUUAUUUGAAGUUCUUUCAGCCAAAAGUCGUUAUUUAGAGCACGACAAAGCCUUUUUUUUGAAGCGGCUUCGCAGCCUUCCAAUUUUGAGCCAUUCCAAGUGCGACCAGCUAUUUUCAAACCAACAAAACUGUCUUUUUUGAUCUCUAAUAUAUUUAGAAUGACUGGGGACCCGUACCGGAAUGGCACGAAUUUCAUCCUUUUCCAGCAUGUGCUGUACCCAGGUCAGAUCUCAAAAAAUCAAACUCCAAAGGAAAAUAUUGACUUGACACCAGCGGUUAGAAACGAUUCCGGUCGUUUAAUCUUCAGUCGUUUGAUGCGUUUGAUAAACAAAUGAUUCGGGCUUUUUCGCGGACUGCCGGUUUCUAGUGACUGAAGCUCAAACGGAAUGGGAAAGAGAAAAUAACACGUGAGAACUGAAUAGGCUUCUCAAAGAAAAAAAAACAUUUCAACCAUUUACUCAAAAAGGCGAAACCAAUUAGAAGCCCGGUUAUUUUUGAUCGAUUUAUAAAUCUAGAUAGUUUGAGCUCAGCUAGUUCACUGCAGAAAAAAGCGUUUUGGGGUCAUUACUUGACUGAAAGAAAUAGGGCCUUUCAAAAGUACUUCUAACCAAGUUUUCAUCAACUUCUUUGCUAGAAACCUCGGUAAAAAAAAGCCAAAACCACUCCAAAAUCUGCAUCAUCCUCUUCAGACACCCGAUCUCGCGGUCGGCCUCCUUCGUGACGCCGACGCCAAUGAUCGUCUACGGCCUUCCGCCAGACCGAAUAUCGAUGGUCGACCCACGGGAGCUGUCGACGACGGCGCCUUCUUCCAGAAUGGGAGAGUACGCGGUUCCCGUCUACUACACGACUCUCGGACAUCCUCCGCCGCCGCCGCCAAUCUAUCUGCCGAUGGGCGGAGCGAUGCUUCGGCCAGGCCUUCUGCCACAUCAUCCGAAGUUCCCGGACCAACAGAAGGACGACGGCGACUCGGUCUGCGGCAAGAUCUGCUGCGGCGGCGUCGCCCAGCUCCUUUGGACCAUCAUCUGCAUAAUUCUCUUCGGCGUCGUAGCGUCUCUUAUUCUCGCUUUGUGUUAUAUUUGA